AUGGUUUUUGAUUGGGGAGGUGGCACAUUGGAUGUUUCGUUAGUAAGUGUUAACAAUAAAGCAUUUGAAGUACAAUCUGUUUACGGAGAUACAUCACUAGGAGGAAGAGAUUUUGAUAAUCAACUGUUUCAACAUUUUCAUAAAAAACGUAUUAAAAAAGAACGGUCCAUUAACAAGUUAAUGAAAGCUUGUAUUAAAUUAAAGAAGAAACUUUCUAGUGAUGUAGUUGCUACUAUGUUUGUUGAUGGUUACGACAACUGUGAGGAUUACAAAAUUACGUUAACGAAGAAACAAUUUGAAAAUAUAAACAAAAAUCUUCUGGAUAGAGCAAUGAAUGUUGUAAUUACUGCCUUAGACCAAGCCUGUUUUAAAAUGACUGAAAUAAAUCGAGUCUUGUUGGUUGGGGGUACAACUAGAAUACCAAAAAUUAAGGAAAGAAUAAAGCAAUUUUUUAAUAAUGUGGAUUUUACAACAGAUCUUAAUCCAGAUGAAGCAGUAGCUGCAGGAGCUUCUCUUCAAGCUUUUCGAUACAAAUACGAUCAAGGAGGAGUCGAAUCGUCUAGAAUAAGUGAAGUUACACCUUUAUCUCUUGGAUUAGAAAGAUUAAGAUCUCUCAUGACGUUUUAUAUUCCGCGUAAUAGUAGACUACCUAUUACUAAAACUAACACAUUAAUAACAGUCAAUAAUAACCAAACCUAA